AUGGCCCGCGAUCUGUGUGGAUUAAAACUGCUAUUGGAUUACAUAUGUAUCUCUUUGGCGAUCUCCGUUUGUGGUGUUUGUUCUCAAAUCAGAAUUCUAGGAAUCUGUGAUCAGAAAUUAGUAAGCAUGUGUUACGGAACAUUUCAAAGACAUUUCCAAGAGAAUGUAUACUCCUCCACAGGAGUAAAUAUUACAUGGGAGGUGUUUGAGGGCAGUGAUGAUUUUGAUUAUAAUUUGAGGAGUCUCGCAGGAUUAAGACUACCAGGUGUUUGGGAUGUAGCAUUUGCGUUUGGUAAUAGUUCUGUUGUCAAUGCGGCGGCGACAUUCGCUAAGUCUGAUCAAAUCCCGCUUUUCGUUUAUGAUACAUCAAACACGAAAACGCCGAUUUUUCCGGAUUCUUUCAUCAAGCUGUUCCCCGAUAGAUAUGAUAUAGGACUCAUCACCUCCGAGUUGCUCAUUCAUCAGAGAGAAAAUGGCGUGUGUGUUGUCAUCCAGGAUCAGUUUCUUGCCGACGGCUUCCUGGACGGUUUGUGGGCUUUUGAUGAGGACCAAGACCAAGCCGGAAACUUUUCCAAAAACAUAGUUAUCAGCAGCAAAGACGACUUAAAACUCUUAUUUUCAAAGCUUCAUCUAAUUCAUGAAAACGGAUGUAAGGUUGUAGUAGUUCAUUGUGUGCCAACAUUAGCUAAGCGGGUUAUUGAGAUCGCAGAACUAGCAGAUCUGUAUACUGCUGGGUACGCGUGGAUUUUAUUUGAAUCGAGUAUCACAGAAAACGACGAAAUUUUUCCCAGUGGUUUACUUAUCAUUUCACCGAAACAGGACACAGAUCAUCUGUCUGAAAUUUUGAACAGAAGUCUGAACUCUUUAAAGACUGGUAUCCCGUCGGUGUAUUCCCAUCAUGUAGCAAACAUUUCUUAUUUCCGGGACCAUCUCUAUAGCUAUAUAACAUCUCUUCAAUACAACGAAUCCAGUACAGGGCUCUCAUUCGACGCCAGCAAUAAGAGACGAACAAAUAUGACCUAUGAUCUUAUCAACAAAAAGGGAGAAAACUCUUGCACCAGCUGGGCCAAUGUCGGGCAUUUUACCUCCUACAAAAGCGACAUUAGAUCAAUCUUAUGGCCUGGCAGUACCAUUUUUGGGCCUCUAGUGAACAAAGGGCAGUUUUAUCGUGUUGUCACAAGACCUGCCGAACCGAUGGUAUUUAUAAAAAACAAAACAGAUGGCGACGAACCCUGUUUGGGAGAAAUUCCAUGUUACAAACCAUUAGGAGAAGGUUUGAAGUAUCUUCAUCAUCCAGAUUUGUCUGGCGACACUAACAGAGCGCUAUUGAAUGUGUCGUACGAGAUGUACUGUUGUAGUGGUAUCGCUGUGGACCUACUUGAUGCACUUUCAAAAGAUCUCAACUUCAACUAUCUGUUAUAUUUUCAUGAAGACAACGAUUACGGAACGUACGAAAACGAGAGUUGGAGCGGAAUGAUGGGAGAUAUAACAUCCGAACGCGCUGAUAUUAUAAUCGGAGCUUUUAGCAUAAACUCAGAGCGCUCCAAAGACAUCAUUUUCACAGAAGCAUUUCAUGUAUCAGGAUAUUCCAUGGUGACUCCAUCUGCACGAACGAAACCGGCCAUUGACGCUUUCCUAGCGCCUUUGGACUGGUCUGUGUAUUUCUGUAUUUUUCUUAGUGCAACCGUAACUGGUUUUGCAACUUCCAUUUUAGAAUGGAACAGUCCAUUUGGAUUAAAUCCGUGGGGUAAGAAACGCAGUAAGAAUUAUACAUUAGGGUCGGGACUUGUGAUGGCUUUCUCUGUUCUGUUCGGACACACGGUCAGUACAAAAUCUCCGAAGGGAUGGCCAAGUAAAGUUCUUCAAAACUUCUGGUCGGGACUCGCCAUUUUUAUCGUAUCAAGUUACACAGCAAAUCUAGCUGCUUACCUGGCAGGCAAUAUCGGUGAAGACCAAAUCAGUAGCAUCUACGACGAGAAGAUCAAUUCAAAAGCAGUCUCGUCCAUGAGGUCCAGCGCCGUGGUAGAGUACUUAAGUAAAAUCAAUACUCACCUAAGCAGACGACUGAUCGAGAGAGAUUUCCAAUCUACCUCUGACGUCAUUUAUUACCUGAGGAACGAGGGAUCUGAGGUGUACUUGGAUGACACUACAAUCCUCGAGUACGCGCUUUCCGUAUACGAUACGAACUGUUCUGUCAUCUUCUCCGGACGAGAGUUUGGAGAAAACCUGUAUGGCUUUGGUCUAAACAAGAACGAUGUCUGGCUCAGGGACCGCCUCUCGGCACUCAUCAUGACUUACCUGGAGAGUGGAUGUAUUGACGAUAUUCAGCUGAGGUAUGUCAGUCGGCGGGAAUGCAGCUCCAAAAGAAACACCUACAUCCAGUAUGGUUUGGAACAUACAGGUGGCCUUUUCAUUGGUCUGGUGUGUGCCGUAUUCUGUGCAGUCCUACUGAUUGGACUAGAGCAUAUCAUAUACUUGUAUCUCGUGCCUUACAUCAGAAACAAGCGCUCCAACAGCAAGUGGAAAAGUAGGAACCUCGAGUUCAUAAAUCAGCGUCUCUACCGAACCAUUAUGAGUCACAAAUUGGUAUCACCCCAACAGACAGCUCGUGAGAUGGUCAAACUAAUGAAGGACAGACAGUUCGCUAGACUUUUUCAGAAAAACGAGCUCAGCCGGCCAAAAGGACCCCCUCAGAACGACACGACCGGCUUACGGUUUAUGGAUCUCACAGACAGUAUAAUGAGAUCUCAUAAAAACCAGGACAAGUCUGUCUACGACACGAAUGAAAACAGCGUCAUCUUCAAGACCUCCACGUCCGGAGCUUUGUACCAGGUUUCAGAGGAAAAUGAAGACGACAUUGAAGAGGAUUUAUUCGAUAACGUAAAAUUCACCGUUGAAGACGAACAGUCAUGCGAGGAACAAGAACAAACAAGUAGCGAUGUUUCGUCAACGUUAGUAACUGUAGAAGUUGUGCCAAGCUCCGUGGCAACACCCAAUAACCUCAAACGCCUUGAGGAAGGUGGUCAAGAAUUACACCAAGGCAACAAACCGGAAACAAGUCCUGCUAAUAAGGUUCAGGUUAACUGUUUAUGGAAAAGACAUUCAUCGGCUAAGUACCCCGAGAGGGAUGCAGACCCAAUGAUCCGUGGAGCAAGGACUAAACGGAUACAAUCCGAGACUUUUUCGGAUAAUCGAAUAUUCCCGACAGUUCCAGAUAAUAAAUAUUCGGAUAAAAGUUUUUGUGGGAAAAAGCAAUAUGUAAAACAGCUUUCUGAUAACAGUUAUUCUGAUAAAACAACGCACAAUGAUUUACACCGAAAGUUUGGCACAUGGCCCUCUCUUCCUGCCAUGGAAAACCGUCCGUCGGAAGUCUUUCAGAGGAUUAAAGAGAGUCACAGAAGUAGUCCUUCUAUGACGUCAUCUAUGCAGGAACCAUCAUCUUCAGACACAGCAAGACUUAUCUCAUCUCCCGAUAAUGAUUUCAACGAUUCAGGUGAUAACGUUAACUAUUACAAACAUUCUUUAAAAAUGAAAGAUAAUCGAGUAAAAUCGACUAUCAGACGACACGCCAUUGCCAAGUUUCGUCGUCAGUCAUCGUCGGUCUUGGAUGAAUGUGCGGUAGAUGCGCUGACAAAAGAAGACCUAAUGGUAUUAUGGAAGAGAUCUGAAAUUGAGCUUCAGACAAAACUCAACAAGGUGACAUUACAAAAUGCACAUUUGAAAAAACUUCUACGGAUGGUAGAUAAAAGACGAACAAGUAAGGGGAGUGACGAGCACGUGGACUCGGAGUUAUUGUGUACCCGACUGUGA